GUCCUGAUUAAUUGCAAUAAAACCUCAAAGCAGUUGAGACGGGCGAUAGAACCCUUCCUGCUUCUUUGCGGGCUCUAAAAGAUUUCGUGCCUCCCUGAAAUUUCUACCGUCCUUUCCAAAGACUCCAAUCUACACUGCAGUACGUACGUAGUAGGAGACUCUGGACUCUGGGAAGUCACAGAAUCAUAGAAUUGUAGAGUUGGAAAGGACCUCAAGGGUCAUCUAGUUCAACCCCUUGAAAUCAGUGCCAUGUGGGGCUUAAGUGCAGAAAACUCGGGAGCUGCUGAGACUGGCACAGAGACUGACACAGAGGCAACUACCGCAGAGGUAAAGGAUUAAUCAUCUCUGAUGCUUCAAGUUUCACGAGUGAUCCUUUGGGACCUUCCCAUGAAAGGGCAGCGUCCCCGCUGUCAACCAGGCUGCUUGGAGCUCCCUCUAGCGGGGAAUGAGGCUCUCGCUCUUCGUUGCAAUCUUAUACUGUAUCUCUCUUCGCGCGUACUUUCGCUUUCUUCUUUGCUUUUUGUAGUGCGACGACCGGGAGGGAGAGGGAAUAAAAGCGAGAGAGAGAGAGUUGGACGAAGAAAAGGGUCAGAGACCAGCAAGCAAAGCCUCGGAAGAGGGAAACUGAGCUUUCCAGCAUAAAAAUCGGACAGGCAGCAGGAAAGGAGUACACCGAGAUCCACAAUGAUGGAAGACUUUGAGGUAGCCGUUUCUCAGGGCCAAUUGGCAGAUGCUGUGUCGCACGUGCUGGCAAAACCACUGCACUUUUUCAACAGCACUCCACUCAACGUUGCCGUAGUAGGAGAGCCCGGCUCCGGGAAGUCUUCCUUCAUCAAUGCCAUGUUGGGUCUUCAUGCUGAUGACCCGCGUGCCGCUGCAACCGGCAUACAGAUGACAACAUUGCAAGUCAAGGAUUACCCACACCCGACACUUCCACAAGUGAUCCUUUGGGACCACCCCGGAAAGGGAACGCCAACUUUUGGGAAGGACAAAUUUGAGAAGAAGGUUGAUUUAAAUCACUUUGAUUUCUUCGUCAUCGUCGGCUCCCAGCGCUUCCGCGCCACCCAUUCUGACCUGGUCCAUGAGAUCCAAGAUAUGGCCAAGAAUUUCUACUUUGUGCGCACCAAAGCAGACCUGGACCUGUCGGCCGCCAAGAGGCAACAGCCAUCCAACUACAAUGAAGAGAAGGUCCUCUUGCACAUCCAGGAGGACUGCAAAGAGUGCUUAGUAAGAGAAGGAGUGAGGGACCCACAAGUCUUCAUCGUCUCCAACUGGGAAGCCGACCGCUUUGAUUUCCCCCUCCUGCAGGAAACGCUGAAGAACGAUCUCUUGCGACUGAAGAGGCAAGCCUUUCUGCACCGCUUCCCUAGCAUCUGUCUGCCUAUCUUAGAGAAAAAGAAAGCCUCUGUGAAGGAGAAGAUUUGGACCAGCAGGCUUUGUUUGCUGGUCGCUCUUGGAAGCCCAGUUCCUUUCCUUCUUCCCAUAUUUCUGUUUAGUAAGUUCCGCUCCUGGUGCUUCCUAGACUUUGGCCUGAACGAUCGAUCCCUUGCAGCUCUGGCCCAGCGUGUUGGAAAGACAAGCACAGCCCUUAAAGCAGCAAUGCAGUCCCUGGGAAUGUUCUCUGCCAUUUUAUGGGUGCUGCCAGACUUGGUGGGACUCUCAGUGAUGGCUUAUGAAUAUCACCGCUGGGAGCAUUUCCCCAUCUUUGGCUGCCUUCUGUCCGGAGGGAUUUCACUUCUUCGCACCUACUUCAUGCUGCAGAAAUGCAUAUCGGGUGCUGCGGAUGACACCCAGAGGGUUCUGUCCAAAGCUCUUGAGGCAGAAGGGAAAAAGUCCAUUUAGCAGCAAAUGGAUGCACAGAUGUGGCUGCAGGGAUAGCAGUUUGCGCAAGCUUCUGUGGACUCUCAAGUCAUGUCUUGCAAACCUAGAAUUUUAUGACUAAGUGCUUUAUAUAGCAUCUGGAGAAUAAGACAGG